AUGCACAGCACUGCCAAUCGCUUGCAAUCUACCUUUGGGUACUUCACAACAUGUGCCUUUGCUCUGGCGGCCAUCAUUGCUGUGCUCUCUCUAGUACCCAUCCCGUCUCCAGCCUCCUCUCCUAGCGCAUCCAUCUCCGUCCGCAACGUUCAAGUGGUCAAGGGAAGGCCGCAUUACUAUUCCGAGAAGCGUGAGGAGUAUGCCCAAAUCCGAUUUGACCUUGAUGCGGACCUCUCGAGCCUGUUCACUUGGAACACGAAGCAGCUGUUUGUCUACAUUACCGUGAACUAUCCCAGUGCCAAGGACGGCAACAGUGGAAUGUCCGAGGCCGUUAUUUGGGAUACAAUCAUACCGACGACUGCUACGCCCUACUCGUGGCAGAGUCUGAAGCAGAAGUACUUUCCAGAGAAGAAAAAGUCCAAGAGCAAGAGCAGAAAGACACCUGCUGCCAAGGCCAAAACCACCGAUCUCACCAAACCCGGGGUACUCUCCUUGAAGAACCAGAAACCCAAAUACCAAGUCACAGAUCCAAGUGGUGUGCUCAGUGAAAGAGGAAACGCCACUCUACAAGUGAGCUGGAACGUUCAGCCUUGGGUAGGUGCUCUAAUAUGGGACAAGGGCUACCUGGGCGAUCGGCUGGGAAAAUGGGACGCUGGUCGGGUUGGUCGGAGCGAAAUCUUUGAAUUUCAUCCCCUGAAAUCAAAGCCGGAAGUUGUCAGGGACAAAAAUGGGCCGAAGACUCCUCCAGCGGGCUCUGCUGCUCCUGCCGUUGAGAUUUAG